UCAUUGGUCGUAGGCUCAGCCGGCCCCGAGUGUGCGUGUGGCGAAGGUUCCUUCCGCUUCGCGUCUCCGUUGACUGGAGACAGUCGGAGCGCCGGCGCCCUGGUUCGGUGGCCUCUAGUGAGAUCCGGAGGACCCAAGAAUUCUGUAGCUACAAUGUUGUCAAGACUUUUCCGAAUGCACGGCCUUUUUGUGGCCUCUCAUCCCUGGGAAGUCAUAGUGGGGACAGUGACACUGACCAUCUGUAUGAUGUCCAUGAACAUGUUUACUGGUAACGAUAAGAUCUGUGGUUGGAAUUAUGAGUGUCCGAAGUUUGAAGAGGAUGUGUUAAGCAGUGACAUUAUAAUUCUGACAAUAACACGAUGCAUAGCAAUCCUGUAUAUUUACUUCCAGUUCCAGAAUUUACGUCAACUUGGAUCAAAAUAUAUUUUGGGUAUUGCUGGCCUCUUCACAAUUUUCUCUAGUUUUGUGUUCAGUACAGUUGUCAUUCAUUUCUUAGAUAAAGAAUUGACAGGCUUGAAUGAAGCUUUGCCCUUUUUCCUUCUUUUGAUUGACCUUUCCAGAGCAAGUGCUCUAGCAAAGUUUGCCCUCAGUUCCAACUCACAGGAUGAAGUGCGGGAAAACAUCGCUCGUGGAAUGGCAAUUUUAGGUCCAACAUUCACCCUUGAUGCUCUUGUAGAAUGUCUGGUGAUUGGAGUUGGUACCAUGUCAGGGGUGCGUCAACUUGAAAUAAUGUGCUGCUUUGGCUGCAUGUCAGUUCUGGCCAACUACUUCGUGUUCAUGACUUUCUUCCCAGCUUGCGUUUCCUUGGUUUUAGAGCUUUCUCGGGAAAGCCGUGAGGGUCGUCCAAUUUGGCAACUGAGCCAUUUUGCUCGAGUUUUAGAAGAAGAAGAAAAUAAACCAAAUCCUGUCACUCAGAGAGUUAAGAUGAUUAUGUCUCUAGGCUUGGUCCUUGUUCAUGCCCAUAGUCGCUGGAUAGCUGAUCCUUCUCCUCAAAACAGUACGGCGGAAAAUUCUAAGGUUUCUUUAGGAUUGGAUGAAAAUGUGUCCAAGAGAAUUGAACCAAGUGUUUCCCUCUGGCAGUUUUACCUCUCUAAAAUGAUCAGCAUGGAUAUUGAGCAAGUUAUUACCCUAAGUUUAGCUCUCCUCCUGGCUGUCAAGUACAUCUUCUUUGAACAAGCUGAGACAGAAUCAACACUCUCAUUAAAAAACCCUAUUACAGCUCCUGUAGCGACUCCCAAAAAAGUCCCAGAUGAUUGUUGUAGACGUGAACCUAUACUGGUCAGAAAUAGCCAGCAAGUCCAUGCAGCGGAGGAGGAGACAAGGAUAAAGAGAGAAAGAAAAGUUGAGGUCAUAAAACCCGUAGUGGCAGAAACUGACACCCCAAACAGAGCUACGUUUGUGGUUGGUGAUUCCUCCUCGCUUGAUACUUCGCUGGAACUAGAGACACAGGAACCUGAAAUUGAACUCCCCAUGGAGCCUCGACCUAAUGAAGAAUGUCUACAGAUACUUGGGAAUGCAGAGAAAGGUGCAAAAUUCCUUAGUGAUGCUGAGAUCAUCCAAUUAGUUAAUGCUAAGCACAUCCCAGCUUACAAAUUGGAAACUCUGAUGGAAACCCACGAACGAGGUGUAUCUAUUCGCCGACAGUUACUUUCCAGAAAACUUCCAGAGCCUUCUUCUCUCCAGUAUCUACCGUAUAGGGACUAUAAUUACUCCUUGGUGAUGGGAGCUUGUUGUGAGAAUGUUAUUGGAUAUAUGCCCAUCCCUGUUGGAGUGGCAGGACCUCUGCGCUUGGAUGGAAAAGAGUUUCAGGUUCCGAUGGCAACAACAGAAGGUUGUCUCGUGGCCAGCACUAAUCGAGGCUGCCGAGCAAUAGGUCUUGGUGGAGGCGCCAGCAGUCGAAUCCUCGCAGAUGGGAUGACUCGUGGCCCAGUGGUGCGUCUUCCCCGUGCUUGUGACUCUGCGGAAGUGAAGGCCUGGCUUGAAACACCUGAAGGGUUCACAGUGAUGAAGGAGGCUUUUGACAGUACCAGCAGAUUUGCACGUCUACAGAAACUUCAUAUGAGUAUGGCCGGUCGCAAUCUUUAUAUUCGUUUCCAGUCCAGGUCAGGUGAUGCCAUGGGGAUGAACAUGAUUUCAAAGGGCACAGAGAAGGCACUUUCAAAACUUCAUGAGUAUUUCCCUGAAAUGCAGAUUCUAGCAGUUAGUGGUAACUACUGUACUGACAAGAAACCUGCUGCUAUAAACUGGAUAGAGGGAAGAGGAAAGUCUGUGGUUUGUGAAGCUGUCAUUCCAGCCAAGGUUGUCAGAGAAGUAUUAAAGACUACUACAGAAGCUAUGAUUGAGGUCAACAUUAAUAAGAAUCUGGUGGGCUCUGCCAUGGCCGGGAGUAUUGGAGGCUACAAUGCCCAUGCGGCGAAUAUAGUAACUGCCAUCUACAUUGCCUGUGGACAGGAUGCAGCACAAAAUGUUGGUAGUUCAAACUGUAUUACUUUAAUGGAAGCAAGUGGUCCCACAAAUGAAGAUUUGUAUAUCAGUUGCACCAUGCCAUCUAUAGAAAUCGGAACUGUGGGUGGUGGGACCAACCUGCUCCCUCAGCAAGCCUGUUUGCAGAUGCUCGGUGUUCAAGGAGCAUGCAAAGACAAUCCUGGGGAAAAUGCCCGGCAGCUUGCCAGGAUCGUGUGCGGUACAGUAAUGGCUGGGGAACUGUCGCUGAUGGCAGCGUUGGCAGCCGGACAUCUUGUCAAAAGUCACAUGAUUCACAACAGGUCAAAGAUAAAUUUACAAGACCUCCAAGGAACUUGCACUAAGAAGGCUGCUUGA